CGCUGAUGACGUGUAUAUACUCAUUUUUCCUCACAAUUUCUAGGAGGUUCCCAAGUAAUGCAAGUUCCGAAGGAUAAUUUAUGGUGGACAGGGACAUGAGAACACGCCUUGAAAGCCCUACCGUUGACCCGAAAUGAGUACUUUUAGCUUAGCUUUCCCUGCAACUCAAACGAAAGAGAAUUCAGUUUCAAUUUUCUACACAUUAGAGCCAUGCAGGGGGCAACCUUUACCAAGCCUUUUUCUAUUGUAUUGCUAUUAUUACUAUCAUCAAAGUGUAGUGGGACAAUAGAUGAAGAUGAUCAAGAAGAUGUAGAAGCUGAUGUAUUUACGCAUUUUGUCUUCGCCAGAGAUACACACCAAAUCCAAUUACAAUUCAACCAUUUGCAUGGGGAAGUUAAACCCAUAGAUCUCGAUGAUCAUUAUCAAAACUGUGUGGCCAUAAAAAACCUGACUACGCACAGACACAGGUUACCAAUUCUUUGUACUGUCACAAAAUAUGAAACUGCAUUUUCUAUGGAAGUAAAUGAGUUUGCCAAGAGAACCAAGGCGACCGUACUUUGUGCUCUACCUGCAAGAGCUGAAGCAACAAUGAUAAAUGAAUCAUCAACGAGUUACAUGUCUCGUCAUAUGUAUGAAAUUGUUCGCGAUAUUGCUAGAGCAAUCGGAGACUUCCCGUGGAUGAAGAUAAAACCUGGAUUGACUAGGUACAAGUCCAAUGGAAUUAGUGAUUUAGACAUCGUCACUUUUAGCUUGAACAGCCGCCAACCACAAAAUGCUAGUGGGAUUGUUCAACUGGAUGCAACUUUAUCGUUUUUGGCAUCUAAGCCGGUUCACUGUUAUAACGAGUUAAGCAUUGGUGUACCAGUAAGAUCGAUUCCCAGGCAGUUUAUUAACAUAAGCCAUGACAAGAAGAACUACAAGGAAACACAAAUAACAGGGUUUUGGGUAGAUAUUUUUAAAGAAGCUACUUCAAUGAUGUCAGUGGAUAGUGUUAGAACAAAGUUAGCAGCAACAAUAUACAAACAACUAUAAAUUUGCUUAAGAACAAAAAUGAAACCGAGAGCAAGAGAGAGUGAACUUGAGCACACACUUGGAUGAUAAAAUCAGCAGCAUUCAUCAUCUAUAUAUUUUUUUUUUGAGAACUAAAAUACAAAGUUUAUAAGUCAAAAUGACUAUUACCUAA